UAGAAAGAGCCUUGAGAGUGUUACUCGCGGUCACUGGGACUUGGGCCUUUUAUCUCUCCCGGUUGCCAAGGAAGGAGGGAGGAAGAUCGGCGUGAGGGUUGGCCCCUGCGCGGUAACACCUUUCCGCAGCUAUAAAUGCGGCACCUGGCAUGGGGAGGGGGCCAAUGCCACUAUCACCGUCAACUGCUCUCCGGCCUCCGAACGCAAGACCCACAGUAAUCAUCAGGCAGGAACAAGGGCACUGAAUCGGCCCGAAAUUUGUGGACUGAAGAGAAGACAACCGCCGGUACAGCCACCCGACUACCUGCUGCUGGUUUUCCACCUCCCGCCUCCGCAGCUGCAGCUAGCUCCCCGGCUCCUUGUGGCUCAAGAGGAACCACCCAUCCUGCGGAGGCUCCAGCCUACUAAGGAAGGAAGAGUUGGAGGACUAAGCGGGGAGGACAGGCCUGUUAAGAAGCUGCCGCCGAAGAUUUUCUGAUUGUCUAUCCCCAAGCCAGCCGGGUUAGCCCUGCUUGUGUGUGCUUGGGUUCGUGUGUGCGCACACGCGCUUUCUGGAGCAUCCUCACACCUCGGAGGCCAGGCCAGGCCAGGCCAGGCACCGAAACCGACCCAAGCCUACCCAGCUUUGCACUCCCAGUCCCCCCUCUACCCACCCUCUCUCCCCAGACUGCCCUUCCUCCCUUCUUUCUUCGCCUUUCCCGCCUGACCACCAUGAUGCAGAUCUGCGACACCUACAACCAGAAGCACUCCCUCUUUAACGCCAUGAACCGCUUCAUCGGGGCGGUGAAUAACAUGGACCAGACAGUCAUGGUGCCCAGCCUCCUGCGGGACGUGCCUUUGCUGGAGCAAGAACUGGACACAGGGGUUGAGGUGGUGGUCAGAGGCAGAGGUGGCUGCCUAGAGGAGAGGGAUCCCCCGUUGGGAGACGGGGGUCCCCCCAGCCCCGGUAGUGCUGCCGGGAGCUUCUUCUCGCCCAGCCGGGACAUGUAUAGCCACUACAUGCUGCUCAAGUCCAUCCGGAACGACAUCGAGUGGGGCGUUCUGCAGCAGACUCCCCAGCAGGGCGACGAAACCCCCACUGGCCCUUGGAAGCCCAAGGACAUUCUCAUGGACCUGAGCCGUCUGGAGGAUGGAGAAGGUGGGGAGGAGGACCUGGAGAAGCAGUUUCACUACCACCUCCGGGGACUGCACAUGGUGCUUUCCAAACUCACCCGGAAAGCCAACAUUCUCACUAACAGAUACAAGCAGGAGAUCGGCUUCGGCAACUGGGGCCACUGAGGCCGAGGAAGCGGCAGGGCGGGCGGCCCCUCUACGCGCGCUACUCUAACCUCUCCUCCUCUUCCUCUCUUCCCUCUUUUCUCUCCUAAAUAUGAUUUCUUCCUGCGCGGUGGGGCGUGUGUAAAUGAAGGG